GGCGGGCGGGGGACCAGGAGCAGCAGCAGGGCCAAGGAAGUGGUGGUGCUAGUGCUGCGGAGGGUAUUGUGGCAGCAGCAUGUCGCAGCGAUCGGGUGGUGGAGGCGCUGCUGGGCGCCUUUCAAGCACUGCUGGAGCGGUGCCCCCAGUCCGACACGGACUCCCCACCCCCUCCUUCCUCCUCCUCCUCCACAUCCUCCCCCCCGCCCGCCUCCUCCUACGAGCGGCAGCUAGCGGCGCUGCAGCACCUCGCCCCGCUGCUGCAGCUUCCCCGGGAGGCGGCUGCGGAGGAGCUGCACCUUGCCGUACAGCGCUGCCUCGCCACGGCGCUAGAGCCCCUAGCCGCUGCUGCUGCUGCAACAUCGGCCCCGCAAGCAGCUCCGGAGCAGAGCGACAUCAGCAGUAGCAGCAGCAGCAGGAGGGGAGCUGCUUGUGCUACCGUUGCCGCGCCGCUGUGUGGGGCUGAGGCGGUGUCGCUGGCUGGGUACCUGGUGCACUGCUGCCUGGAAGGGGCGGAGCGGGAGGUGCUGGCGGGGCACAAGGGCAGCAAGGCCCUGUGCGCCGCCUGCCUCACCUCCCUGCGGCUGCUGCUGGCCGCGCUGCCCCACCCGGACACGCUGGCGUUCUUCCUGCCGGGGGUGGUUUCGGGGCUGUCCAAGCAGCUCUUCGCGGCGGGCACCGCCAUCGGUCGCAGCGGGCCGAGUGCCCCGCCGGGCGCCUCCGCCACCGCACAGGCGUUGAUCUGCCUCUGCCAGGCCGCUGUCACUGUGCU